AUGUUGUGGCGCUUCAGCUUUGCAUCGACUUCGAUGCUGGAGGCGCUACUCAGUAGGGAAACCCCUCCAUCACUCGAGGAGCUCAUGGACGAGCAAGAUAUCCUCGAAGAGUGUAAAGCACAGAAUAACAAACUCGCUGCAUUUCUAUCUCGGGAAGACUGUGUCAAGAGUCUCCUUCAAUGGGUCGUCGCAGGACUUGACGACCUCGAUCAGGAAGCUGCAGACGCCGAUUCAGCAUUGUAUACCCAUGUCUUGGGUUCCGCAGACCCGUUCACUUCGUACAACUUUCAACCCCUUCCCGUACCAGGACCCGGCCCGGCUUCUCCUCCACUCGAACCUGCAAAGAUGGUUGAUGAAUUGGAUGGUUUACGAUUGGACGCGUCACCCACAUCGCCUGCAGCCGUCGGGUUGGGACAGGGACUCGGUCGAACUCCUCUAGGUGGACAAGAAGACGUGACUCAGUCCAGAUAUCCUCGGAUAGCUACGGAGAUCCUGACAUCCGAAUUGUGGACGAUCACCGAAACGAUUAUGAAUCACAAGGAAUCCCUUCUGACACCGUUCUGGGAUGCCAUCCUACCCCCCAUAGAACCUUCUACCCCUAGUACGGAGAGUACUUUCUCUCGGCAUGAGCAAAAUGAACGCGAAAGAGCACGAGAUGCACUGUGGUCCGAGGAGGACGAAGAUCGGGAUCGUAAAAGAGAAAUGAUUCGUGGGAUGUGGGUCAGAGUCAACGGCGCUCUCUUGGCCAAACGUGCCUCCGAGAUGAUCAAGUUUAUCCAGACCAUACCCGACAUAGUGAACCGGAUGAUCGCCAAGAUCAACUCGCCAGCCGUGCAGGACAUGAUCAUCCGGAUAGUUUCUUCCGAUGAAGCAGGUGUCAAUGGUGUCAACACAUGGCUGGCUGAUGAAGGGCUCAUAUCCUCCCUCAUCGGUCUAUUAUCGCCUGCCAACUCCAAAACGACAAUUUCCAUCGCUUCCGAAGUCCUCAAUAGUGUCAUCACCCUUUGUGCACCUUUACCUUUCAACCCCAGCGGCGGGAACGGGAUGGAACAACAGAACGGCGAAGGUCUCAACCGAGCACGGGAUAACCGGCUCAUCCGUGAACUUGUCAGUGAACCGAGUAUUACCACCCUUAUCGGCUACAUGCUCGACGAGCUGCCCCUAUCAGAUAAGGACUGGAAAGGCGUUAAUGACGAUCUUUCCAAAAUAUCCCCCGAAGACCCAUUUAUCAUUCAUCCGCUACCGUCCAUCGCAUCCGCCACGACAUCCUUCACACAUAUCUGUCAUAUCCUGACCGAGGUGAUCAGGAGAAACAAUUCAGAUUUUGCCGAGCCACAUCUCUUUCACACCUUUAGAAAUCGUCUCAUGACUAUCCGACAGCAUAGGGCAGAAGCACGAGCCCCACUGACCGACGAUCAAGAUCGGGAGGAGAUGGAAGAGGCCAUGCUGGAGAUGAGCCAACAAAUGGGAAUCGUUUUUCUUGGAAAUCUUCUCGAUGUCAUUUGCGAGCGAUUCGACGAGCUACAUCGUCUUCUCACCGAACCUAGAUCUCAGGCGAGUCCAAUUUAUCCCGCUCGCUUUGCCCAUGUGAUCACUGCAGUUUAUAUUCCAGAGUUCAGCGCUGACCUUCAGAUCCGCGUGUACUCUCCCGUCAACCUCAAACCUCUCACCUUGGAACGUUUCCGUAUCAUUGAACUGUACGCCGAACUGCUACAUUCAUCCAACAUGUCCAUGUUCAACCGCCGACCUGGUUCCGGCCCCGUGUACUCCUCCGACGGUGUCCUUUCGGGCGGAUUAUGCGGGCUCGAAGCACUGGGUGAGGCCAUCGAGGGUGACCGGAUGGGUGAGGAUGAGGAGGACAUGAACUCUGAAGGGGAAAUCACACAGGCACGGGACCUGCCCGUGAGCAGCGAGUCCACUGCUUCUUUCGGAUCGGAUGAUGUCAGCUCGGAGGGAGAACGGAUCAUCGCCGAGAUGGAAGCUGAGAAAAUACCUUCUCUCCCUUCUCGCGUGCCUGCAACUCUUCCCGCCGUCGACGCCGUUCCCCCUCCCCCUUCUCAUGCGGACGAACAACGAUUGAGAAACGUCAUGGAACUUCCGCAGUCCUUUGCUCCUGCCCCGUCGUCAAGCGCUGCCUCACAACCUGCCGAGUCUGCUGUUUCCGACAUGGAGUCUGUCAGUCACGUUCCCGGAGGUACGGCAACAACGAAUGCGCAAUCACUCACUUCUGAGCAGGUGGCCGAGCUGGAGCAGGCGCCCGAAGGUCCCUUGGUACUUCCGUUGGGAGAUCGAUUGAAGCAGAAAUACAGUCAACUCAGAGUCCUACCAACUAUCGUCGAUCUAUUCUUUGAGUAUCCGCAGAACGAUUUUUUGCAUCAUGUUGUAUACGAUACUUUGCAACAGGUUCUGAAUGGACGAUUGGGCCCUGGGUUGAAUCGAGAGCUGGCAGUGGAACUCAUCAAAGAGGCGAAGUUGAUAGAGCGGAUCCUUGAUGCUCAGCGACUGAACGAUCAGAUGGUAAAAUCGCACAAACAGCCUCGUCUGGCUUAUAUGGGUCACAUUAUCCUCAUCGCCGAAGACGUGGUCAAAUUCCUCGCUCGUUGUCCGCCCGAAUUAUACGCCCUGAUUCAAGACUCGUUUAACAACUCCGAAUGGGAGGCGUUCGUCGACGGGCCUCUAUUCGAGACUAAGACUCGCGACAUGCAGCUGUUAGCUGGUGGAAAACCCAUGGUGCAAAUGGUGCCUACCGAGGGGAUGGCCAAAGAGGACGACAGUAGUGAUGAGGAAGAGGAGGAGCAUAAGAUUGGAGAGCCGUUGACAAGGACUCAAGCUCAGGAUGGGUUUGCCCCGAGGACAAUGUUCGAUGAAGAACAGGACGAUAGCCUGUGGACGUCUGAAUCAGGUGGCAGACAUGUGGACUCUAGCGAUGAAGAGGAUGACGAUGCCGAUUGGCUACAACCUAGACAUGACGAUGAUGAAUUUGCCGCAUUCCAGGGAGCCCCUCGUCAAGCCGCAAAUGAUUCGGAUGACGACGACGGAUGGGGUAAUUUCGCAUCUGCCCCUGCCCCGGCGGACGACGAAGAUCCAUUCGGAGACUCUUUUUCCGCUUUCGUACCCACCGCUGCCCCACAAAGACAUACGAACGGUCUCCCCUAUCCCAACCCCACGCCUGAGCCUCUCACGCCGAAAGAUUGGGCGACGAGGUUCGAUGCGGAGUUCGAGGGUGUCAGUUCUUUGUCAAGUGGGAGCGACUGGAGUUUGACAGGUACACCCAGAGAUCAAGAUGAUGAGAGUGAAGAUGGACAAACCCCAAAAGCGAAAGAAACGGAGUUAGAGAAGGAUCUUGAAAAUUUGGAGCUCGACAGUCCGCCUAUGAGAGGAGAAGAUUUUCCUCUUCCCCCUUCUGAUCAUCCCGAGCUAAGCUCAACUAAUGAUAUGAUUUCUCCUCUUUUGUCUACACCUCUGAACAAUGUUUCAGCUGAGAUAUCAAACCAACAAUUUCCCACGAUUGGCAAGACAAAGCUUACCGCCGUCGCUACAUCAGGAGCGAAUGGAAGCGGUGCAGUAGAGGAGGCCAGAGAAGCAAGAGGAACAGGAGGAACAAAACCAAUUGAUAUCCCCCGACCUACUCCAAAAUCUCCAACCAUAAGACCUCAUACAACUCACUCUUUCUCCCCACAUUCUCCAUUAUCUUUUCAUUCCGCUAGAUCACUCGGUUCCUCUCAUUCUUCUCAUUUCUCCCAUUCCCCUCAUUCACCCUCCCACCAUAUGUCUCCCCCUGAUCCUCAUCUGAUACAAGCGACAGAUCUCACAGAACCCCUCGGUCCUGGCGUCUCACCAGAUACGAAGUUGACUCAUGGCAUGUUGCAGAAAGAGGUGGAUGGGGAGACAAUCACUGUUCCUCAGGAUGAGAUUGUGAGAGGUGUGGAAGAUGCCCUAGAGAGAAGGUUUGAGAUGGGUAGGGAGGUUUAGACUCAAGAGAUAGGGUUGUAUAGCGUGCAAAUCUGGCAUGGCAUUUCUUUUCGUUUUC